AUGGCCCCUCGACUUUCUCCAUGCAAGCUAGAGAUGAUUCGUGAUAUGAUCGAAUGUGGAUCCGUGACUAUUUUACAGAUGGCCACGGCUGCUGAGUGUAGCGAGCGCUCGAUCGUCAAUAUUCGCAACAACCUCCGCUUGUUCGGUCAUGCCCGGUCUCCGUCCACGCGUGUCGGCAGACGAAGAAUCGUUACGCCACCCAUGAUUAAGGUGAAGCAGAUCGGCGACUUACUAAACUUCGUGUCUUCUAUCGUAGAGCACAGAAUUCCUGUACAACGGAAUACAAUACCUAUUUUUAUCCGUAUUAUUGCUACUGUCAUGGAAUACGGAAAGAUACCGGGUCAGGGGUAG